AGAUAAUCUUGGGAGUGCCUUCAGCCUUUAGGACACCUACUGCAAUCGAGUUGGAGAACAGCACCGUGCAAGCUCCAAGUAGUCGAAUUCGUCCUUCACCAUGGAAACGACACGUGGAAUACAAGCGUCCCCUUGGCAAAUACACGUGUUGAGUUCACCUGACGUGGCAAGUACCGUAGCUACAAAAAUGUCGAAGGAAAAACAUACAUAUAUAUCAGCCUGCGUACAUCACUCGAGGAUAUACGCCAAAAUGUCGUCUAACAAGGAGCAUUACUACGAAGCUGGCAAAGCCGAAGGCCGCGCUGAGGAGAAGGCGGGGACGAUGGCAGACACGGUGAAGGAAAAGGCGAUGCCCGCCAAGGAGACGGUGGCAGCGAAAACGGAAGAGGUGAAGGAACGGGCUGGGGACGCGGCGGAGGCAGCGAAGGAGGAGACUUACGAAGGGAAAGAGAAGACGAAAGGUGUGCUGGCUGACGCUGCGGACACCGUGAAGCAGACAAUUGGGAUGGGUGAACACGACGAUCAGGCAACCACCGCCGGUGCCGGCGAGCAUAGGGAGACUCGGGAGGUGUCACUCGAUCCAGAAGAACCAGUAAAGAACAUGGAGGUUUUCAACAUCAUAACGUCAGUAUGACGUUAGUUGCGGAUGAUGGUCUCUCUCGUAUUCUAGUUUUUCCUUAUUUUGUUAAGGUCACAUAUACACAAGAUAAAUGUAUGUACAGGUG